AUGUCGGGGACAGCUAGCCGCUUCUUCAUGAAGCAUGUAGCUAAUCACCAGCGAGACUGGACAGUUGAGCGCAUUUUCGAAGCAUUAUUUGAUUAUUGCUUUCCGAUUGAUUAUAAGCUGAAAUUGCGAGAACGAUUGAUGGCGUCGCACCAAGGCAGCCACAACGUUCGUGACUUCGUUCGAGAUAUUCAGUCGUUAGCCUCCCGCUUUCCUGAUAUCACUGAAAGACAAAUUGUUCAGAUAUUUUGGGAAGGGGUACAUCAGUAUAUAAGGCUAAAAUGGAUCGACAAGGGGUACAGCCCAGAAGAUACCAGCUUUAAGAAGCUUGUAAAAUGGGCUAUACGAUUUGAAGCGUCCAAUGAAGCACGUCGCCGCGAAGAACGGGAGUUCCGCGGGAAACCUAAGGGCCGUGAGUGGGGCCGUUUCCAAGCACGAACCAGCGGAAACACACCUCAUAAGCCGGCAGCGCAAGCUGAAUCAAGUAACUCGAGCAACUCGAGCAAUCGACCUUCAAGGAAUGAGAAAAAGGCAUAUAACAAUACCAACCGAGGCGACCGAAAGCCUCGCGAUCGUUCAAACAAGAUAUCGAAAGAUGAACGAGACCGUCUUCGAGCCGAAGGACGCUGCUUCUCUUGCAAGGAAGCAGGUCAUGAAAGUCGGAACUGUCCCAAACGCCACGAGGCAAAAGCGCCUAGGCUCGGAGCAGGUUCCAUCCGUUUUGCUGAGCUAGAGACCCUUGCUAAGCAGAAGCAUGAUGCGACUAUCGAGGUUUCAUCAGUUAUCAUGGAUAGCGAACCUGGUCCAACAAUGGGAUCUGGUCUCGCGCCCAUGUCGAGGACUUGA